AUGGCCACUCUGCAAGGGAGUGUCUAUGACACAGACGCCCUCGAUAUUCCCCCUCCCAUCACUAGCCCAUCUGUUUCUCCGGCUGCUCUCGAAUCUGAGGAUUUUGAAGAUGGUAAAAAUAAGAAGAAUCCACAAUUAGGGGAGGUUGGUAAAGGGAACGCAUUCUUGAAUGGCAUCAAAGGCUUAUGGAUAACACGUCAAGGACUCGAUAAAGAUCGAGUACAGUUGCUGAAGGUGACCAUUCGAGAGUUGAUCACCUACAUCAUCUUUCUGACCAUCGUUUCGAUCGAUGUUUGUUUUCAUUAUCUGCAAGAACCGCUCCUGAACGCGCUAUACUGGCAAGGAUCGAGACUGGCCGAUGAUGCUGAAUCGAGCACUGGAAUGCUUUUCGAGGACAGUGUACUGCUUGGAAGUCCUCGAAUUCGCAUGUUGAAAGUGAAUAACCAUUCGUGUAAAGUCGCAAGAAGUUUCAAACGUGAGAUCCCUGAAUGUUUCGGUAAGUAUAACGAGGAGAACGACGACAAGAACUCUUUUGGGCCUGCAAAUAGCUCAGCAUUCAUUUACCAAACAGCUGAACAGUUAGAAACGGCGAGCUAUUGGGGUGCGGUGGCAACGUACGGAGGUGGUGGUUUCGUUCAGUAUCUCACAAUAUCAGAUCGAAAACAAUCCGCCGCUUCAAUAUCCUAUCUAAAGCAGAAUCGAUGGAUCAAUCGAGCCACACGUGCCAUUUUCGUCGAUUUCGUCCUCUACAAUGCAAAUAUCAAUCUGUUUUGCAUUGCACAGUUUGUUUUAUCAUUAUUGCAAUCGGUUUUAAUGCAUACUGAAAGACAAUUGCGGCAAGUGGUACCUGUGCCCGCAACUCAACAGUAUUAUUCAGUCAAUUUGAGUCAAUUGGCUGAACUGCAGGAGAAUUUCAAUGAUGCGCUGGCUGUGCUGCUUAUUUUUGCGUGGAUUAAGACUAUGAAAUACAUUAGUUUCAACAAGACGAUGACUCAGCUGACUGCAACUUUGGAGAGAUCUGCGAAGGAUAUCGGUGGAUUUUCGGUGAUGUUCUUCAUCUUCUUUUUGGCUUAUGCACAAUUCGGAUUUCUGGCGUUUGGUACUCAGAUAGCCGAAUACUCAUCGUUAUAUAACGCAGUGUUUGCUUUACUGCGAACAAUAUUGGGUGAUUUCGACUUCGAUGCGUUGGAGAAUGCUGAUCGCAUAUUGGGACCGUUGUUCUUUUUGACUUACGUCUUUUUCGUGUUCUUCAUUUUGUUGAAUAUGUUCUUGGCGAUUAUCAAUGAUUCGUAUACUGAAGUGAAAUCUGAACUGAGUAGACAAGCGAAUGAUAUAGAGAUGGCCGAUAUCGCUGUUGGGUAUUGGCAAGGUAUUUUGAAAGUGUUCAGAUUAAAUAAAGACGAUACGACCGAUGUGAAUGACUGCGAUAGAUUUCGCGAAGCUUUGAUUGCCGAGGGUUACAAUGAAGAUGAUAUCACGAAUGCGUUUGUCAAGUUCGAUAUUACAAAUCGUAGAUUGGAAUUUGAAGAGAUGCAAAUGGUUGAGAACGAACUGAAUGCUAAGCGGAAUAAUAAUGCAUCAGUGUUGUCGUCAUCAGCACAAAACAAGAACACUCGCGAUAUAUCGGUGUUGAACUACCGAAUCAACCACAUCGAACGUUCGAUAUUCUGGAUUUGUGAACGUAUCGACAUACUCGUUAACAACAUUCAUAACAUCGAUAAGAACACCACUCAGAAUGAUUUAUUCAUCAAUAUACUUCGUGCUGAGGUGUUUUAUCAUUUAUGCUUAAGUUCAUGGUUCAUCAAUAGAAACCGUUGA